UGGCGGCUGGCGCCACGUGGUAACUCCGAGCGCAGGCACCACCCUGGCUCUUGCCUGGGGUUCUCAGGAGGGAAGAGUUGGGAGAGGCUUUGCUGCUGAGGAAGUUGACUUGAUAGACUAAAGGUUUGGAGAAGAGCUACAGAAGCAGAAGAGAAAAAUCCAUACAAGCCAAUGGUGUUCGGGGAAAAAAUAACCCCAUUGCCUUGAGUUUGUAGGUGCCGCUACUACUCUGGGAAAAUGGCGGAUGACGAAGACUAUGAGGAGGUGGUGGAGUAUUACACAGAGGAGACAGUCUAUGAAGAGGUGCCAGGAGAGACAAUAACCAAAAUCUAUGAAACUACGACAAGCACAUCUGACUAUGAGCAAUCAGAGCCUUCCAAACCCACACUGGUACAGCCAGUCCCAGCAAAGCCAGUGGAGAGGAAGAAGGUUAUCCGGAAGAAACUGGAUUCUUCGAAGUUCAUGACCCCCUACAUUGUACACAGUCAGAAAAUGCAGGAACUCUUUAGCCCAAAUAAAUACAAGGAGAACUAUGAGAAAGCAAAAGGACAGCCAUCCACAAUCACAACUGAUACCCCAGAACUUCGCAGGAUCAAGAAAGUACAAGAUCAACUCAGUGAGGUUAAGUAUCGAAUGGAUGGCGAUGUUGCUAAAACUAUCUGUCAUGUAGACGAAAAAGCAAAGGACAUUGAACAUGCGAAGAAAGUGUCGCAGCAAGUCAGUAAGGUUUUAUACAAGCAGAACUGGGAAGACACCAAGGAAAAGUACCUGCUUCCCCCUGAUGCCCCUGAACUUGUCCAGGCAGUUAAGAACACAGCCAUGUUCAGUAAGAAACUGUACACUGAGGACUGGGAAGCUGACAAAAGCUUGUUUUACCCGUACAACGAUAGCCCAGAGCUGAGAAGGGUGGCCCAAGCCCAGAAAGCCCUCAGUGAUAUUGCCUACAAAAAAGGUCAUGUUGAACAGCAAUCUCAAUUCACAACGCUGCCGGAUCCUCCAGAUAUAGAAUUUGCUAAGAAAGUGACCAAUCAAGUGAGCAAGCAAAAAUACAAGGCAGACUAUGAAAAUAAAAUCAAAGGCAAAUGGAGUGAGACACCUUGCUUUGAAAUUGCAACCGCCAGAAUGAAUGCCAAUAACAUCAGCACGAGGAAAUACCAGGAAGACUUCGAGAGUAUGAAGGACCAGAUCUACUUCAUGCAGACCGAAACGCCGGAGUACAAAGUGAAUAAACAAGCUGGGGUGGCAGCUAGCAAGGUAAAAUACAAAGAAGACUAUGAAAAGAAUAAAGGAAAAGCAGAUUAUAAUGUACUUCCUGCUUCAGAGAACCCACUGCUCAAGCAGCUGAAGGCGGCAGGAGAUGUCCUGAGUGAUAAACUAUACAAGGAAAACUAUGAAAAGACAAAGGCAAAGAGCAUAAAUUACUGCGAAACCCCCAAAUUUCAACUUGAUACAGUUAUGCACAACUUCACUAGUGAUGCUAAAUACAAAGAUUCCUACUUAAAGAAUAUUUUGGGACAUUACGUAGGCAGCUUUGAGGAUCCAUAUCAUACGCACUGCAUGAAAGUCGCAGCUCAAAACAGUGACAAAAACUAUAAAGCAGAAUAUGAAGAAGACAGAGGCAAAGGCUUCUUCCCCCAGACUAUAACUCAAGAGUAUGAAACAAUCAGGAAACUGGAUCAGUGUAAAGAUCAUACCUACAAAGUCCCUCCAGAUAAGACAAAAUUCACUCAAGUCACCGACUCUCCUGUUCAGGUGCAAGCCCAAGUCAAUUCCAAACAACUGAGUGAUCUGAACUACAAAGCAAAGCAUGAAAGUGAGAAGUUCAAGUGCCACUUACCUCCAGAUACUCCUGCCCUCCUCCAACACAAAGUCAAUGCCUAUAACCUGAGUGAUAGUAUCUAUAAGCACGACUGGGAGAAGAGCAAAGCGAAGAAGUUUGACAUUAAAGUGGACGCCAUUCCCCUACUGGCAGCCAAGGCCAACAGCAGGAUCGCCAGCGAUGUGAUGUACAAGAAAGACUAUGAGAAAAGUAAAGGGAAAAUGAUUGGAGCCCUGAGCAUUAAUGAUGAUCCCAAGAUGCUGCACUCUUUGAAGACGGCCAAAAACCAGAGUGAUAGAUUAUACAAGGAAAACUAUGAGAAGACAAAAGCAAAGAGCAUGAACUACUGUGAGACCCCUAAAUAUCAACUUGACACCCUGAUGAAGAACUUCAGUGAGGCUAAAUACAAAGAUUCAUAUGUACAGAAUGUUUUGGGACAUUAUGUAGGCAGCUUUGAGGACCCCUAUCAAAUUCACUGCAUGAAAGUUUCAGCUCAAAACAGUGAUAAAAAUUACAAAGCAGAGUAUGAAGAAGAUAAAGGGAAAUGCUAUUUCCCUCAGACAAUAACACAAGAAUAUGAAGCAAUCAAGAAGCUAGACCAGUGUAAAGAUCAUACAUACAAAGUUCAUCCGGAUAAGACCAAGUUCACGGCCGUCACUGACACUCCUGUGUUGUUGCAAGCCCAGCUCAACACGAAACAGCUUAGCGAACUGAAUUACAAAGCAAAACAUGAAAGUGAGAAGUUCAAGUGCAGUGUACCAGCAGAUGCUCCACAGUUUAUCCAACACAGAGUCAAUGCCUAUAACUUGAGUGAUAAUAUCUAUAAGCACGACUGGGAGAAGAGCAAAGCAAAGAAGUUUGACAUUAAAGUGGACGCCAUUCCCCUGCUGGCAGCCAAGGCCAACAGCAGGAUCGCCAGCGAUGUGAUGUACAAGAAAGACUAUGAGAAAAGUAAAGGGAAAAUGAUUGGAGCCCUGAGCAUUAAUGAUGAUCCCAAGAUGCUACACUCUUUGAAGACGGCCAAAAACCAGAGUGAUCGUGAAUACCGUAAAGACUAUGAAAACUCAAAGACUGUCUACACGGCACCUCUUGAUAUGCUCCAAGUCACUCAAGCUAAGAAAUCUCAGGAAAUUGCUAGCGAUGUGGACUAUAAGCACAUCUUACACAAUUACAGCUACCCACCCGAUAGCAUCCAUGUGGAUCUCGCCAAGAAGGCUUAUGCCCUGCAGAGUGAUGUCGAAUACAAAGCUGACUACAACAGCUGGAUGAAAGGUUGUGGCUGGGUGCCAUUUGGAUCCUUAGAGAUGGAAAAGGCAAAGAGAGCUUCAGACAUCCUGAAUGAGAAAAAAUACCGCCAACAUCCUGACACUCUCAAGUUUACCUCGAUUGAAGAUGCUCCGAUUAUAGUACAGUCUAAAAUCAACCAGGCCCAGAGAAGUGAUGUUGCCUACAAAGCCAAAGGAGAAGAAAUUCUUCACAGAUACAACCUGCCAGCGGACUUGCCCCAGUUCAUCCAGGCUAAAGUUAAUGCCUACAAUAUCAGUGAGAAUAUGUACAAAACAGACUUGAAAGAUUUGAGCAAGAAGGGGUAUGAUCUGAGAACGGACGCGAUUCCCAUCAGAGCUGCCAAAGCUGCCAGGCAGGCGGCAAGUGACGUUCAGUACAAAAAAGAUUAUGAAAAAGCCAAAGGGAAAAUGGUCGGCUUCCAGAGUCUCCAAGAUGAUCCUAAACUGGUUCACUGUAUGAAUGUGGCCAAGCUACAAUCAGACCGGCAGUAUAAAAAAGACUAUGAGAAGACAAAAACCAAAUACAACACACCCCAUGAUAUGUUCAACGUUGUGGCAGCCAAGAAAGCUCAGGAUGUUGUCAGCAAUGUUAACUAUAAGCAUCCACUCCAUCAUUACACCUACCUGCCUGAUGCCAUGGACCUGGAGUUGUCUAAAAACAUGAUGCACAUACAGAGCGAUAAUGCCUAUAAGGAAGACUACAACAGCUGGAUGAAAGGCAUAGGCUGGAUACCUAUUGGCAGUCUGGAGGUAGAAAAAGUUAAGAAAGCAGGUGAUGCACUGAAUGAAAAGAAGUACAGGCAACAUCCAGACACCCUCAAAUUUACCAGCAUCGUGGAUUCCCCAGUGAUGGUCCAGGCAAAACAGAACACGAAGCAAGUCAGUGAUAUCUUAUACAAAGCUGAAGGAGAAGAUAUGAAACAUAAAUACACUAUAAGUCCUGAUCUUCCUCAGUUUCUCCAGGCCAAGUGCAAUGCUUACAAUAUAAGUGACGUCUGUUAUAAACAGGACUGGCAUGAUUUAAUAGCCAAGGGCAACAAUGUGCUGGGUGACGCCAUUCCCAUCACUGCGGCCAAAGCAUCCAGAAACAUUGCCAGUGAUUAUAAAUACAAGGAAGCUUAUGAGAAGUCAAAGGGGAAGCAUGUGGGUUUCAGAAGCCUCCAGGAUGAUCCCAAGCUGGUCCAUUACAUGAAUGUAGCAAAGAUGCAGUCAGAUCGUGAAUACAAGAAGAACUAUGAGAACACCAAAACCAGCUACCAUACCCCAGGGGACAUGGUUAGCAUUACUGCUGCAAAGUUGGCCCAGGAUGUCGUCACCAACGUCAACUACAAACAGCCCAUACAUCAUUACACAUACCUACCCGAUACCAUGAGUCUCCAGCAUACCAGGAACGUGAAUCAAAUUCAGAGUGAUAAUGUGUAUAAAGACGAGUAUAACAACUUCUUCAAGGGCAUUGGAUGGAUCCCUAUUGGUUCUCUGGAGGUUGAGAAGGUCAAGAAAGCAGGUGAUGCUUUAAAUGAGAGGAGGUAUCGACAGCACCCAGAUACCAUCAAGUUCACAAGUGUGCCCGAUUCCAUGGGCAUGGUUUUGGCUCAGCAGAACACGAAGCAGCUAAGUGAUUUGAACUACAAGGUGGAGGGGGAGAAACUGAAGCAUAAAUACACUAUGGACCCCGAAUUACCUCAGUUUAUUCAGGCCAAGGUCAACGCCCUCAACAUGAGUGAUUCUCAUUAUAAAGCAGACUGGAAGAAAACUCUUGCUAAGGGCUAUGAUUUGGGACCAGAUGCCAUUCCAAUUGUAGCUGCAAAAAGUUCAAGGAAUAUUGCUAGUGAUUUCAAGUAUAAGGAGGCUUAUGAGAAAGCCAAAGGCAGGCAGAUUGGAUUUCUCAGUCUUCAGGAUGAUCCUAAACUGGUCCAUUACAUGAAUGUGGCCAAAAUACAGUCCGAUCGUGAGUACAAAAAGGGCUAUGAAGCCAGCAAGACCAGGUAUCACACACCCUUGGACAUGUUCAGUGUGACAGCGGCCAAGAGAUCUCAGGAGGUCGUUACCAACACCAACUACAAACAACCCUUCCACAGCUACACUCUGCUGCCUGAUGCCUUGAAUGUGGAGCAUUCCAGGAAUGCAAUGCAGAUCCAAAGUGAUAAUCUAUACAAAUCUGACUUCACCAACUGGAUGAAAGGGAUCGGCUGGAUCCCCAUAGAGUCACUGGAGGUGGAGAAAGCAAAGAAAGCCGGAGAGAUCCUUAGUGAGAAGAAGUAUCGCCAGCACCCUGAGAAGUUGAAGUUCACCUAUGCCAUGGACACAGUGGAACAAGCACUUAACAAAAGUAACAAACUGAAUAUGGAUAAGAGGCUCUACACUGAAAAAUGGAACAAAGACAAGACCACCAUUCACGUCAUGCCCGAUACUCCAGACAUUUUACUUUCCAGAAUGAACCAAAUCACCAUGAGUGAUAAACUAUACAAAGCUGGCUGGGAAGAGGAAAAGAAGAAAGGAUAUGACCUGAGGCCUGAUGCCAUCCCAAUAAAGGCUGCAAAAGCCUGUAGAGACAUUGCCAGUGAUUACAAAUACAAGCAAGCCUAUGAACAGGCCAAAGGGAAACACAUUGGCUUCCGGAACCUAGAGGACGACCCCAAGUUGGUGCACUUCAUGCAAGUGGCCAAGAUGCAGUCAGACCGGGAAUACAAGAAGGCAUAUGAGAAAUCGAAGACCUCCUUCCACACCCCAGUGGACAUGCUGAGCGUGGUGUCAGCCAAGAAGUCUCAGGAAGUGGCCACCAAUGCCAACUACAGAAAUGUGAUCCAUUCCUACAACAUGCUUCCCGACGCCAUGGGCUUUGAAUUGGCCAAAAAUAUGAUGCAGAUUCAAAGUGAUAAUCAGUACAAAGCUGACUAUGUUGACUUCAUGAAGGGCAUUGGAUGGCUCCCUCUGGGCUCCCUGGAGGCUGAGAAAAACAAGAAAGCCAUGGAGAUAAUCAGUGAAAAGAAGUACCGCCAACACCCAGACACUUUGAAGUAUUCCACUUUGAUGGACUCAAUGAACAUGGUUUUGGCCCAGAAUAAUGCAAAAAUUAUGAAUGAACAUCUCUACAAACAAGCAUGGGAGGCUGAUAAGACCAAAGUCCACAUUAUGCCCGAUAUCCCCCAGAUUGUCUUGGCAAAGGCAAAUGCAAUUAAUAUAAGUGAUAAACUCUACAAACUUUCUUUGGAAGAAUCUAAACAGAAAGGCUAUGAUCUCAGAACCGAUGCGAUUCCUAUCAAAGCUGCCAAAGCCUCAAGAGAUAUUGCAAGUGAUUAUAAAUACAAAUACAAUUAUGAAAAGGAGAGGGGGAAGAUGGUUGGUUUCCGCAGCCUUGAGGAUGAUCCCAAAUUAGUCCAUUCCAUGCAAGUGGCUAAGAUGCAAUCUGAUCGGGAGUACAAGAAAAACUAUGAGAAUACGAAGACCAGCUACCAUACCCCUGCUGACAUGCUCAGUGUCACGGCUGCCAAGGAUGCCCAAGCCAACAUCACCAACACCAACUACAAGCAUUUGAUUCACAAGUACAUCCUCCUUCCAGAUGCCAUGAGCAUUGAGCUGAGCAGGAAUAUGAAUCACAUACAGAGUGAUAAUGAAUACAAACAGGACUACAAUGAGUGGUACAAAGGGCUUGGCUGGAGUCCAGCUGGUUCCCUAGAAGUGGAGAAGGCCAAGAAAGCAACUGGAUAUGCCAGUGAUCAGAAGUACCGCCAGCAUCCUAGCAACUUCCAGUUUAAGAAGCUGAGUGACUCCAUGGACAUGGUUCUUGCCAAACAGAAUGCACAAACCAUGAACAAGCACUUAUAUACCGUUGACUGGAACAAAGAUAAAACCAAGAUUCAUGUGACGCCAGACACUCCAGAUAUUUUACAAGCCAAGCAGAAUCAAACUCUGUAUAGUCAGAAAUUCUAUAAACUUGGAUGGGAAGAAGCUCUGAAGAAAGGCUAUGAUCUCCCACUUGAUGCAAUUUCUGUACAGUUGGCCAAAGCUUCAAGAGACAUUGCUAGUGAUUUUAAAUACAAAGAAGGCUACCGCAAACAACUUGGCCACCAUAUUGGAUUCCGGAGUCUGCAAGAUGAUCCAAAGCUUGUGCUGUCCAUGAAUGUAGCCAAAAUGCAGAGUGAAAGAGAAUACAAGAAGGACUUUGAGACGUGGAAGACCAAGUUCAGCAGCCCAGUGGACAUGUUAGGAGUGGUGCUGGCCAAGAAAUGCCAGGCCUUAGUCAGUGACAUAGACUAUAAGAACUGCCUGCACCAGUGGACGUGCCUGCCUGACCAGAAUGAUGUUAUUCAAGCUAAAAAAGUUUAUCAACUGCAGAGUGAGAAUCUGUAUAAGUCUGACCUUGAGUGGCUGAGAGGCAUAGGAUGGAGUCCCCUGGGUUCUAUGGAGGCAGAAAAGAACAAGCGGGCUUCAGAAAUCAUCAGUGAGAAGAAAUACCGUCAGCCUCCAGACAGAAACAAGUUCACCAGCAUUCCUGAUGCCAUGGACAUAGUUCUGGCAAAGACAAAUGCCAAAAAUAGGAGUGAUAGGCUUUACAGAGAAGCUUGGGACAAGGACAAGACUCAAAUCCACAUCAUGCCUGAUACACCUGACAUUAUUCUGGCUAAAGCAAACUUAAUCAACACAAGUGAUAAACUCUACCGAAUGGGUUAUGAGGAAUUGAAGAAAAAAGGUUACGAUCUUCCCCUUGAUGCCAUACCAAUCAAAGCUGCAAAAGCAUCCCGAGAAAUUGCCAGUGAAUACAAGUACAAGGAAGGCUUUCGCAAGCAGCUUGGCCACCACAUUGGAGCCCGGGACAUCAAAGAUGACCCCAAGAUGAUGUGGUCCAUGCAUGUGGCCAAGAUCCAGAGUGACAGGGAGUAUAAGAAGGACUUUGAGAAGUGGAAGACCAAGUUCAGCAGCCCAGUGGACAUGUUGGGGGUGGUCCUGGCCAAGAAGUGCCAGACCUUAGUCAGUGACAUAGACUAUAAGAACUUCCUACACCAGUGGACAUGCCUGCCUGACCAGAAUGACGUCACCCAUGCUCGACAGGCCUAUGACCUCCAGAGUGAUAAUUUGUACAAGGCUGACCUUCAGUGGCUAAGAGGCAUUGGCUGGUUACCUAGUGGCUCUCUUGAGGAUGAAAAGAACAAGAGAGCUACCCAGAUUUUGAGUGAUCACAUUUACCGUCAGCACCCAGAUAAAUUCAAGUUUUCCAGCCUUAUGGACUCCAUCCCAAUGGUUUUGGCAAAAAACAAUGCUAUUACCAUGAACCAUCGCCUCUAUACAGAAGCUUGGGAUAAAGAUAAAACCACUGUCCACAUUGUGCCAGAUACUCCUGAAGUUUUACUGGCUAAACAAAACCAAAUAAAUUACAGUGAGAAACUAUAUAAACUUGGCCUAGAAGAAGCCAAGAGGAAAGGCUAUGAUAUGCGGCUGGAUGCCAUUCCCAUCAGGGCGGCCAAGGCCUCCAGAGACAUUGCAAGUGAAUUCAAGUACAAAGAAGGCUAUCGUCAGCAGCUUGGCCAUCACAUUGGUGCCCGAGCAAUACAUGAUGACCCCAAGAUGAUGUGGUCCAUGCAUGUGGCCAAGGUCCAGAGUGACAGGGAGUACAAGAAGGACUUUGAGAAGUGGAAGACCAAGUUCAGUAGCCCAGUGGACAUGUUGGGGGUGGUCCUGGCCAAGAAGUGCCAGGCCUUAGUCAGUGACAUAGACUAUAAGAACUUCCUGCAUGAGUGGACGUGCCUGCCGGACCAGAAUGACGUCAUCCAUGCUCGGCAGGCCUAUGACCUCCAGAGCGAUAAUAUGUACAAGUCAGAUCUGCAGUGGUUGAGAGGCAUCGGCUGGGUUCCCAUUGGCUCUUUGGAUGUGGAAAAAUGCAAAAGGGCAACUGAAAUUUUGAGUGAUAAAAUCUAUCGCCAGCCUCCAGACAAAUUCAAAUUUACCAGCGUGACCGAUUCUUUGGAACAAGUGUUAGCCAAGAAUAAUGCCAUCACCAUGAACAAGCGUUUAUACACGGAAGCCUGGGACAAAGAUAAGAUGCAGGUCCACAUCAUGCCAGACACACCAGAAAUUAUGUUGGCAAGAAUGAACAAAAUCAACUACAGCGAGACUCUGUAUAAACUUGCUAAUGAAGAAGCGAAGAAGAAAGGCUACGACCUGCGAAGUGAUGCCAUCCCAAUCGUGGCGGCCAAGGCCUCCCGGGACAUCGCCAGUGAUUACAAAUACAAAGAUGGUUACCGAAAGCAACUUGGCCACCACAUUGGAGCCCGAAAUGUUGAGGAUGACCCCAAGAUAAUGUGGUCCAUGCAUGUGGCCAAGAUCCAGAGUGACAGGGAGUACAAGAAGGACUUUGAGAAGUGGAAGACCAAGUUCAGCAGCCCAGUGGACAUGCUAGGAGUGGUCCUGGCUAAGCAGUGCCAGACCUUAGUCAGUGACGUGGACUAUAAGAACUUCCUGCAUGAGUGGACAUGCCUGCCUGACCAGAAUGACGUCAUCCAUGCUCGGCAGGCCUAUGACCUCCAGAGCGAUAACAUUUACAAAUCAGAUCUCCAGUGGCUGAGAGGCAUCGGCUGGGUUCCCAUUGGGUCUGUGGAUGUGGUCAAGUGCAAGAGAGCUGCAGAGAUACUGAGUGACAACAUCUACCGCCAGCCUCCGGACAAGCUGAAGUUCACCAGUGUGCCUGAUUCCCUGGAACAGGUGCUGGCCAAGAGCAAUGCCCUCAACAUGAACAAGCAUUUAUACACAGAGGCUUGGGACAAAGACAAGACUCAAGUUCAUAUAAUGCCUGAUACCCCGGAGAUCAUGUUGGCAAGGCAGAACAAGCUCAACUACAGUGAGAUUCUGUAUAAACUCGCCAACGAAGAAGCAAAGAAGAAAGGCUACGACCUGCGAAUCGAUGCCAUCCCCAUCGUGGUGGCCAAGGCCUCCCGGGACAUUGCUAGUGAUUACAAAUACAAAGAUGGUUACCGAAAGCAACUUGGCCACCACAUUGGAGCCCGAAAUGUUGAGGAUGACCCCAAGAUAAUGUGGUCCAUGCAUGUGGCCAAGAUCCAGAGUGACAGGGAGUACAAGAAGGACUUUGAGAAGUGGAAGACCAAAUUCAGCAGCCCAGUGGACAUGUUGGGGGUGGUCUUGGCCAAGAAGUGCCAGACCUUAGUCAGUGACGUGGACUAUAAGAACUUCCUGCAUGAGUGGACGUGCCUUCCUGACCAGAAUGAUGUCAUCCAUGCUCGCAAGGCCUAUGACCUCCAGAGUGACAACAUUUACAAAUCAGAUCUCCAGUGGCUGAGAGGCAUCGGCUGGGUUCCCAUUGGGUCUGUGGAUGUGGUCAAGUGCAAGAGAGCUGCAGAGAUACUGAGUGACAACAUCUACCGCCAGCCUCCGGACAAGCUGAAGUUCACCAGUGUGCCUGAUUCCCUGGAACAGGUGCUGGCCAAGAGCAAUGCCCUCAACAUGAACAAGCAUUUAUACACAGAGGCUUGGGACAAAGACAAGACUCAAGUUCAUAUAAUGCCUGAUACCCCGGAGAUCAUGUUGGCAAGGCAGAACAAGCUCAACUACAGUGAGAUUCUGUAUAAACUCGCCAACGAAGAAGCAAAGAAGAAAGGCUACGACCUGCGAAUCGAUGCCAUCCCCAUCGUGGCGGCCAAGGCCUCCCGGGACAUUGCUAGUGAUUACAAAUACAAAGAUGGUUACCGAAAGCAACUUGGCCACCACAUUGGAGCCCGAAAUGUUGAGGAUGACCCCAAGAUAAUGUGGUCCAUGCAUGUGGCCAAGAUCCAGAGUGACAGGGAGUACAAGAAGGACUUUGAGAAGUGGAAGACCAAAUUCAGCAGCCCAGUGGACAUGUUGGGGGUGGUCUUGGCCAAGAAGUGCCAGACCUUAGUCAGUGACGUGGACUAUAAGAACUUCCUGCAUGAGUGGACGUGCCUUCCUGACCAGAAUGAUGUCAUCCAUGCUCGCAAGGCCUAUGACCUCCAGAGUGACAACAUUUACAAAUCAGAUCUCCAGUGGCUGAGAGGCAUCGGCUGGGUUCCCAUUGGGUCUGUGGAUGUGGUCAAGUGCAAGAGAGCUGCAGAGAUACUGAGUGACAACAUCUACCGCCAGCCUCCGGACAAGCUGAAGUUCACCAGUGUGCCUGAUUCCCUGGAACAGGUGCUGGCCAAGAGCAAUGCCCUCAACAUGAACAAGCAUUUAUACACAGAGGCUUGGGACAAAGACAAGACUCAAGUUCAUAUAAUGCCUGAUACCCCGGAGAUCAUGUUGGCAAGGCAGAACAAGCUCAACUACAGUGAGAUUCUGUAUAAACUCGCCAACGAAGAAGCAAAGAAGAAAGGCUACGACCUGCGAAUCGAUGCCAUCCCCAUCGUGGUGGCCAAGGCCUCCCGGGACAUUGCUAGUGAUUACAAAUACAAAGAUGGUUACCGAAAGCAACUUGGCCACCACAUUGGAGCCCGAAAUGUUGAGGAUGACCCCAAGAUAAUGUGGUCCAUGCAUGUGGCCAAGAUCCAGAGUGACAGGGAGUACAAGAAGGACUUUGAGAAGUGGAAGACCAAAUUCAGCAGCCCAGUGGACAUGUUGGGGGUGGUCUUGGCCAAGAAGUGCCAGACCUUAGUCAGUGACGUGGACUAUAAGAACUUCCUGCAUGAAUGGACGUGCCUUCCUGACCAGAAUGAUGUCAUCCAUGCUCGCAAGGCCUAUGACCUCCAGAGUGACAACAUUUACAAAUCAGAUCUCCAGUGGCUGAGAGGCAUCGGCUGGGUUCCCAUUGGGUCUGUGGAUGUGGUCAAGUGCAAGAGAGCUGCAGAGAUACUGAGUGACAACAUCUACCGCCAGCCUCCGGACAAGCUGAAGUUCACCAGUGUGCCUGAUACCCUGGAACAGGUGCUGGCCAAGAGCAAUGCCCUCAAUAUGAGCAAGCACUUAUAUACAGAAGCCUGGGACAAAGACAAGACCCAAGUCCACAUCAUGCCUGAUACACCUGAAAUUAUGUUAGCAAGACAAAAUAAAAUAAAUUAUAGUGAGAACUUCUAUCGCCAGGCCAUGGAAGAAGCCAAGAAAGAAGGCUAUGACUUGAGAAGCGAUGCCAUUCCUAUCGUGGCUGCCAAGGCCUCCCGGGACAUUGCCAGUGACUACAAAUAUAAAGAAGCUUAUCGUAAGCAGUUGGGUCACCACAUUGGUGCCCGAGCAGUACAUGACGACCCCAAGAUAAUGUGGUCUCUGCACAUUGCCAAAGUGCAGAGUGACCGUGAGUACAAGAAAGAAUUUGAGAAAUACAAGACCAGGUACAGCAGCCCGGUGGACAUGCUUGGUAUCGUUCUGGCCAAGCAGUGUCAGACCUUGGUCAGUGAUGUGGACUAUAGACAUCCUUUGCAUGAGUGGACCUGCCUGCCCGACCAGAAUGACAUCAUCCAGGCUCGGAAAGCUUAUGACCUCCAGAGCAACAAUUUAUAUAAGUCAGACCUUGAAUGGUUGAGAGGCAUUGGCUGGGUUCCGAUUGGUUCCGUGGAAGUUGUUAAAGCCAAGAGGGCGAUGGAGAUACUGAGUGAUAAUAUCUACCGUCAGCGUCCAGAGACACUGAAAUUUACCAGCAUAACUGACACUCCAGAGCAGGUUCUGGCAAAGAGCAAUGCUAUGAAUAUGAGUAAGCACUUAUAUACCGAAGCCUGGGACAAUGAUAAGAAAACGAUCCACGUCAUGCCAGAUACACCAGAAAUCAUGCUCGCCAAACUCAACCGCAUAAACUACAGUGAUAAACUCUAUAAACUUGCUUUGGAAGAGUCUAGGAAGGAAGGCUAUGACUUGCGUUUGGAUGCCAUCCCAAUCCAGGCAGCCAAGGCUUCAAGAGAUAUUGCUAGUGAUUACAAGUACAAGGAAGGCUACCGCAAACAGCUUGGCCACCACAUUGGGGCCCGGAAUGUUGAAGAUGACCCCAAGAUAAUGUGGUCGAUCCAUGUGGCCAAGAUCCAGAGUGACAGGGAGUACAAGAAAGACUUUGAGAAAUGGAAGACCAAGUUCAGCAGCCCAGUGGACAUGCUGGGGUUGGUGCUGGCCAAGAAGUGUCAGACCUUAGUCAGUGACAUAGACUACAAACAUCCCCUACAUGAAUGGAUGUGUCUGCCUGAUCAGAAUGACAUCAUUCAGGCCCGGAAGGCAUAUGACCUUCAGAGUGAUGCUAUUUACAAGGCUGAUCUCGAGUGGCUGAGAGGCAUUGGAUGGGUGCCCAUUGGCUCUGUAGAGGUGGAGAAGGUGAAGAGAGCUGGAGAAAUCCUGAGUGAAAGGAAGUACCGCCAGCCCGCAGACCAGCUCCAAUUCACAUGCAUUACAGACACCCCAGAGAUUGUCCUCGCCAAGAGUAAUGCCCUGACGAUGAGCAAGUAUUUAUACACAGAAGCUUGGAAUGCUGACAAAGCCUCCAUCCACGUGAUGCCGGACACCCCAGAAAUCCUACUGGCCAAGAGCAAUUCUGCCAAUAUCAGCCAAAAACUUUACACCAAGGGAUGGGAUGAAUCAAAGAUGAAGGACUAUGAUCUGAGGGCUGAUGCUAUUUCCAUCAAAAGUGCCAAAGCCUCAAGGGACAUUGCCAGUGAUUACAAAUACAAAGAAGCGUACGAGAGACAGAAAGGCCACCACAUUGGAGCCCGGAGCAUUGAAGAUGACCCCAAGAUUAUGUGUGCCAUACAUGCAGGGAAGAUUCAAAGUGAAAGGGAGUACAAGAAGGAAUUCCAGAAGUGGAAGACCAAAUUCAGUAGCCCGGUGGACAUGUUAGGCAUCGUGAUGGCCAAACAAUGUCAGACUUUGGUCAGUGACAUUGAUUAUCGAAAUCAUCUGCAUCACUGGACAUGCUUACCUGAUCAAAAUGACAUUAUCCAAGCAAAGAAGGCCUAUGAACUGCAGAGCGAUAGUGUGUAUAAGGCAGACCUGGAGUGGCUGCGUGGCAUUGGCUGGAUGCCAGAAGACUCCGUAGAAAUGAACAGGGUGAAGAAUGCUCAAGGCCUGGUGAAUGAAAGACUUUAUAGAACGCCGCCAGAAGCCUUGAAGUUCACUUCCAUUGUUGACACACCAGACGUUGUCCUGGCAAAAGCCAAUUCUCUGCAAAUAAGUGAGAAACUAUAUCAUGAUGCGUGGAAUAAAGAUAAAACCAACAUCAGCAUUCCUUCUGACACGCCAGUCAUGCUGCAGGCCCAUAUAAAUGCCUUGCAAAUCAGCAAUAAACUUUACCAGAAAGACUGGAAUGAGACCAAGCAGAAAGGCUAUGACUUAAGAGCAGAUGCCAUUGAAAUCAAACAAGCCAAAGCCUCCAGAGAAAUCGCCAGUGAGUACAAAUACAAAGAAGGUUACCGUAAGCAACUGGGCCACCACGUGGGUUUCCGCACCCUACAAGAUGACCCCAAAUUGGUAUGGUCUAUACAUGCUGCCAAGAUCCAGAGUGACAGAGAGUACAAGAAAGCUUAUGAGAAGUCUAAAGGAAUUCACAAUACACCGUCGGACAUGAUGUCAAUUGUUCAGGCCAAGAAAUGCCAGGUCCUGGUUAGCGAUAUUGAUUAUCGCAAUUAUCUGCACCAGUGGAUAUGUUUGCCAGAUCAGAAUGAUGUGAUCCAGGCUAAGAAGGCCUACGAACUGCAGAGCAAUAACGUGUACAAAUCAGACCUGGAAUGGUUGAAGGGUAUAGGAUGGUUGCCAGAGGGUUCUGUGGAAGUGAUGAGAGUGAAGAAUGCCCAGAAUCUCCUGAAUGAGAGGUUGUAUCGUAUAAAACCUGAGGACUUCAAAUUCACCAGCAUUGUUGAUACCCCUGAAGUCAUCCAGGCAAAGAUCAAUGCUGUACAGAUCAGUGAGCCAUUGUAUCGUGAUGCCUGGGAGAGAGAGAAGGCGAAUGUGAAUGUACCAGCUGACACUCCAGGGAUGCUGCAGUCCAAGAUCAAUGCCAUACAGAUCAGUGAUAAACAAUAUAAGCAAGCGUGGGAAGAUGUCAAGAUGACGGGUUAUGACCUGCGGGAAGAUGCCAUCCCAAUUCAGCAUGCCAGAGCUUCCAGGGAUAUCGCCAGCGAUUAUCUAUACAAAACCGCUUACGAGAAACAAAAAGGCCAUUAUAUUGGAUGUCGCAAUGCCAAGGAAGACCCUAAACUGGUUUGGGCGGCAAAUGUAUUAAAAAUGCAGAAUGACAGGCUGUACAAAAAGGCCUACAAUGACCACAAGGCCAAGAUCUCCAUCCCAGGGGACAUGGUGUCCAUCAACGCUGCCAAAGAAGGCCAGGCAUUAGUAAGUGAUGUGGAUUAUCGCCAGUACCUGCACCACUGGUCUUGCUUUCCCGACCAGAAUGAUGUGAUCCAAGCCAGGAAAGCCUACGACCUGCAGAGUGAUGCCAUCUAUAAGGCUGACUUGGAGUGGCUCCGUGGCAUUGGCUGGAUGCCUGAAGGGUCUCCUGAAGUGUUGAGGGUCAAGAAUGCCCAGAAGAUCCUACAAGACAGUGUCUAUCGGACCCCCGUAGUGAGCCUCAAGUACACAAGUGUUGUUGACACACCUGAAGUUGUCCUUGCUAAGUCGAAUGCUGAAAAUAUUAGUAUUCCGAAGUACAGAGAAGUUUGGGACAAGGAUAAAACUUCAGUCCACAUAAUGCCAGAUACGCCAGAAAUUAACCUCGCCAGAGCCAAUGCUCUUAAUAUGAGCAAUAAAAUUUACCGUGAAGAUUGGGAUGAAACAAAGAUGAGCUGUGAUGUACGGCUGGAUGCCAUCCCUAUCCAGGCUGCCAAGGCCUCCAGGGAAAUCGCCAGUGACUAUAAAUACAAGCUUGACCAUGAGAAGCAGAAGGGACACUAUGUGGGGACCCGCACCGCCAGGGAUGACAACAAGAUCCGCUGGGCCCUCAUAGCUGGCAAGAUUCAGAAUGAAAGAGAGUACCGGCUGCACUGGGCCAAAUGGAAGACCAAGUUCCAGAGCCCUGUGGAUAUGCUUUCCAUCGUGCAUUCUAAAAAUUGCCAGACCCUAGUCAGCGACAUUGAUUAUCGCAAUUACUUACACCAGUGGACAUGCAUGCCUGACCAGAACGAUGUGAUUCAGGCCAAGAAAGCCUAUCAACUGCAAAGCAAUGCUGUCUACAAGGCGGACUUGGAAUGGUUACGUGGGAUUGGGUGGAUGCCGAAUGAUUCCGUCCCUGUCAAUCACGCUAAACAUGCUGCGGAUAUCUUCAGUGAGAAAAAAUAUCGCACAAAAAUAGAAACCCUCAACUUUACUCCUGUGGAUGACAGAGUUGAUUAUGUGACUGCAAAACAAAGUGGCGAGAUCCUCAAUGAUAUUAAAUACCGGAAAGAUUGGAAUGAUACCAAAUCGAAAUACACCCUCACAGAAACCCCUUUGCUGCACACUGCCCAGGAGGCAGCCCGGAUACUGGACCAGUAUCUCUACAAGGAAGGCUGGGAGAAGCAAAAAGCUACGGGUUACAUUUUGCCUCCAGAUGCGGUACCAUUUGUUCACGCCCAUCACUCUAGUGACGUUCAGAGCGAGCUGAGAUACAAAGCUGAACACGUAAAACAAAGAGGUCAUUAUGUUGGUGUUCCGACGAUGAGAGAUGAUCCCAAACUGGUUUGGUUUGAGCAUGCAGGCCAGAUUCAGAAUGAGAGACUAUACAAAGAGGACUAUCAUAAAACAAAGGCCAAGAUCAAUAUACCUGCUGAUACAGUGUCGGUGUUGGCCGCCAAGCAUGGGCAGGAGCUUGUCAGUGAUAUUGAUUACCGUAAUUACCUGCACCAAUGGAUAUGUCAUCCUGACCAAAAUGAUGUGAUCCAGGCAAGGAAGGCCUAUGACCUACAGAGUGAUAAUGUCUACAAAGCUGACCUGGAGUGGCUCCGAGGCAUCGGCUGGAUACCCCUGGAUUCUGUGGACUACGUGAGGGUUACGAAGAACCAGGAAAUGCUGAAUCAGAUAAACUAUAAGAAAGAUGCUCUUGACAACUAUCCUAACUUUUCAAGUGUGGUGGAUCCUCCAGAGAUUGUUUUGGCUAAGAUUAACUCAAUCAAUCAAAGUGAUGUAAAAUAUAAAGAAACAUUUAAUAAAAGAAUAAAGGGCAAGUAUACAUUUUCUCCAGAUACGCCAUAUAUCACCCACUCCAAAGACAUGGGAAAACUCUAUAGUACUAUACUGUAUAAAGGGGCAUGGGAAGGAACCAAGGCCUACGGCUAUACCUUGGAUGAACGCUACAUUCCCAUUGUUGGAGCUAAGCAUGCCGACUACGUGAACAGUGAGCUUAAAUACAAAGAGACCUAUGAGAAGCAGAAGGGCCACUACCUGGCUGGAAAAGAAAUCAGUGAGUUCCCUGGUGUGGUUCACAGUCUGGAUUUCCAAAAGAUGAGGAGUGUGUUGAACUACAGAAGACAUUAUGAGGAUACCAAAGCAAAUGUUCACAUCCCCAUUGAUAUGAUGAAUCACGUGCUGGCUAAACACUGCCAAUACAUCCUCAGUGACUUGGAAUACCAACACUUCUUCCAUCAGUGGACGUCUCUCCCGGAAGAACCCAACGUUAUACGGGCCCGAAAUGCACAGGAGAUCUUGAGUGAUAAUGUGUAUAAGGAUGACUUGAAUUGGCUGAAAGGCAUUGGAUGCUACGUUUGGGAUACACCUCAGAUCCUCCAUGCCAAGAAAGCAUAUGCCCUCCAGAGUCAGCUACAAUAUACAGCAGGAGGUAAAGAAAACCUACAAAAUUAUAACCUGGUCACAGACACCCCACUUUACGUGACUGCUCUUCAAAGCGGCAUUAAUGCCAGUGAGGUGAAAUAUAAAGAAAAUUAUCAUCAGAUUAAGGACAAAUAUACGACAGUUCUAGAAACAGUGGAUUACGACAGAACCAAGAACCUGAAGAAUCUUUAUAGCAGCAACCUGUACAAGGAGGCUUGGGAUAGAGUGAAAGCCACCAGCUACAUCCUGCCUACCAGCACCAUGUCCCUGACACAUGCCAAGAACCAGAAGCAUCUGGCCAGCAAUGUCAAAUAUCGAGAAGAAUAUGAAAAGUUCAAAGCUCUUUAUACUUUACCAAGAAGCGUUGAGGAUGAUCCAAAUACUGCACGGUGCCUCAGAGUCGGCAAGUUUAACAUCGAUCGCCUCUACAAAUCAGUGUAUGAAAAGAACAAGAUGAAAAUCCACAUUGUGCCUGACAUGGUAGAGAUGGUUACCGCUAAGGAUUCUCAGAAGAAAGUCAGUGAGAUUGAUUACCGCCUCCACUUCCAUGAGUGGAUUUGCCACCCUGACUUGCAAGUCAACAGCCAUGUCCGGAAAGUCACGGAUCAGAUCAGCGACAUUAUAUACAAGGAUGACCUCAACUGGCUAAAAGGCAUUGGUUGCUACAUCUGGGACACUCCUGAAAUUCUUCAUGCCAAACAUGCUUAUGAUCUACGGAAUGAUAUCAAGUACAAAUCUCAUGCACAGAAGACAAGGAAUGACUACAAGUUGGUCACUGAUACCCCAGUCUAUGUGCAGGCUGUCAAAAGUGGGAAACAACUAAGUGAUGCUGUUUACCACCAUGACUACGUCCACAGUGUCCGAGGCAAAGUAGCUCCAACGAGGACAACUGUGGACGUGGAGCGGGCCCUUCAUGCAUACAAGCUCCAGAGUGAGGGCCUGUACCGAGGAGCUGGCCGGCGCUCUCUGCCUACUGGAUAUAGGCUUCCAGGAGACACCCCUCACUUCAAACAUGCCAAAGACACCCGAUACAUGAGCAGUUAUUUCAAAUACAAAGAAGUUUAUGAGCACAUCAAGGCAAAUGGAUACACACUUGGCCCCAAAGACGUUCCAUUUGUCCAUGUCCGGAGGGUCAACGAUGUUACCAGUGAGAGAUUGUAUCGACAACUGUACCACAAACUGAAAGAUAAAAUUCACACAACUCCUGACACACCUGAAAUCCGCCAAGUCAAGAAGACACAAGAGGCUGUCAGCGAGUUGAUCUACAAAUCAGACUUCUUCAAGAUGCAAGGCCACAUGAUCUCAAUGCCAUACACACCCCAAGUGAUCCAUUGCCGCCACGUGGGAGACAUCACCAGUGACAUUAAAUACAAAGCGGACUUGCAGGUCCUCAGGGGAGUGGGCUGCUUCCUGUAUGACACUCCCGACAUGGUCCGCUCCCGGCAUCUGCGCACACUCUGGUCUAACUACCUGUACACUGAUAAGGCAAGGAAGAUGCGCGACAAGUACAAAGUGGUGCUUGACACUCCAGAAUACAGAAAAGUGCAGGAACUGAAGACACAUCUGAGCGAGCUGGUUUACAGAGCUGCAGGCAAAAAGCAGAAGUCAAUCUUCACCUCAGUUCCUGAUACUCCUGAUCUUUUAAGAGCCAAGAGAGGGCAGAAGCUUCAGAGCCAGUAUCUGUAUGUUGAACUUGCCACCAAAGAGAGACCCCAUCAUCACGCUGGAAGCCAGACCAAAGCCUUGAAGCAUGCUAAAGACGUAAAGGACCUGGUCAGUGAGAAAAAGUACAAGAUUCAAUAUGAAAAAAUGAAGGACAAGUACACCCCCGUUCCGGACACGCCAAUCCUCCUCAGAGCCAAGAAGGCUUACUGGAAUGCCAGUGAUCUACGUUACAAAGAAACAUUUCAAAAGACCAAAGGAAAAUACCACACUGUGAAAGAUGCUCUGGACAUUGUUUAUCAUCGUAAAGUCACAGAUGACAUUAGUAAAGUGAAAUACAAGGAGAACUACAUGAGUCAGUUGGGAAUCUGGUUGUCCAUUCCUGAUCGCCCAGAGCAUUUCCACCAUCGGGCAGUUACUGAUGCAGUCAGUGAUGUAAAAUAUAAAGAAGAUUUGACCUCGCUUAAGGGCAUUGGUUGCUAUGCCUAUGAUACCCCUGACUUCACUCUGGCUGAAAAGAACAAGACUCUCUACAGCAAGUAUAAGUAUAAAGAGGUAUUUGAAAGGACGAAGUCAGAUUUCAAGUAUGUUGCAGAUUGUCCAAUCAAUAAGCAUUUCAAGUACGCAACUCAGUUGAUGAAUGAGAAAAAAUACAGAGCUGAUUAUGAGCAGCGGAAAGAUAAAUAUCACCUGGUAGUCGAUGAGCCUAGACAUCUGCUGGCUAAGAUCGCAGGCGACCAGAUCAGUCAGAGAAAAUAUAAAUCUAGUGCCAAGAUGCUUCUGAAACAAGGAUGUAAUGAAAUUCUGCGUCCAGAUAUGUUGACUGCCCUCUACAACACACACAUGUGGAGCCAGAUCAAGUACAGGAAAAAUUAUGAAAAAUCAAAGGACAAAUUUACCUCAAUCGUGGAUACUCCAGAACACCUGCGUACUACGAAAGUCAACAAACAAAUUAGUGAUAUACUUUAUAAGUUGGAAUACAACAAGGCCAAGCCCAGAGGCUACACGACAAUCCAUGACACACCCAUGUUGCUGCAUGUCCAAAAGGUCAAAGAUGAAGUCAGUGAUCUGAAAUACAAAGAAGUUUACCAAAGAAAUAAGUCCAACUGCACCAUUGUGCCAGACUCUGUUCAUAUCAAAGCAGCCAAGGAUGCCUACAAAGUCAACACCAACCUGGACUACAAGAAGCAGUAUGAAGCCAACAAAGCCCACUGGAGGUGGACCCCCGACCGACCGGACUUCAUCCAGGCGGCCAAGUCAUCCCUGCAGCAGAGCGAUUUUGAGUAUAAGCUGGACCGAGAGUUCCUCAGAGGUUGCAAGCUUUCUGUCACUGAUGAUAAAGACAUGGUGCUGGCCCUGAGGAAUUCUUUAAUAGAAAGUGACCUGAAAUACAAAGAGAAACACGUCAAGGAAAGAGGAACCUGCCAUGCUGUGCCUGACACUCCGCAGAUCCUCCUGGCAAAGACAGUCAGCCAGCUGGUGUCUGAGAACAAGUACAAGGACUACGUCAAGAAGCACUUGGCCCAGGGCUCGUACACAACACUGCCAGAGACCAGGGACACCAUCCAUGUCAAGGAAGUGACCAAGAAUGUCAGUGAUACAAAUUACAAAAAGAAGUUCGUCAAGGAGAAAGGGAAAUCCAACUAUUCCAUCAUGCUGGAGCCCCCGGAGGUGAAGCAUGCUAUGGAAGUGGCCAAGAAGCAGAGUAAUGUCGCAUAUAAAAAAGAUGCCAAAGAAAACCUGCAUUACACCACGGUGGCUGAUCGGCCAGACAUCAAGAAGGCCACGCAGGCGGCCAAACAGGCCAGUGAGGUGGAGUACAGAGCCAAACACCGCAAGGAAGGCAGUCAUGGGUUAAGCAUGCUUGGUCGCCCAGACAUUGAAAUGGCCAAGAAGGCAGCCAGGCUGAGCAGCCAGGUUAAAUACCGAGAAAAUUUCGACAAAGAGAAGGGCAAAACACCAAAAUUCAAUCCAAAAGACAGCCAGCUCUACAAAGUCAUGAAAGAUGCAAACAAUCUCGCAAGUGAGGUUAAAUAUAAAGCUGACCUGAAGAAACUUCACAAGCCUGUGACUGAUAUGAAGGAAUCUCUGAUAAUGAAUCAUGUGCUGAAUACAAGCCACCUUGCCAGUUCUUACCAGUACAAGAAGAACUAUGAGAAGAGUAAAGGCCACUACCACACAAUACCUGAUAAUCUGGAGCAGCUUCAUCUAAAGGAGGCCACAGAGUUACAGAGCAUAGUGAAAUACAAAGAAAAUUAUGAAAAGGAACGAGGAAAGCCCAUGUUGGACUUUGAAACACCAACAUAUAUUACUGCCAAAGAGUCUCAGCAGAUGCAAAGUGGGAAAGAAUAUAAGAGAGAUUAUGAAGAGUCCAUUAAAGGCAGAAAUCUGACGGGCCUGGAGGUCACGCCAGCUUUAUUACAUGUCAAAUAUGCAACCAAAAUAGCCAGCGAGAAAGAAUACAGGAAAGAUCUAGAGGAAAGCAUCCGUGGGAAGGGUCUCAGUGAAAUGGAAGACACGCCUGACAUGCUAAGAGCAAAGAACGCCACUCAAAUUCUCAACGAGAAAGAAUAUAAGAGAGACUUGGAGUUGGAAGUCAAAGGAAGAGGCCUGAAUGCCAUGGCCAAUGAAACCCCCGACUUCAUGAGGGCCAAGAAUGCUACUGAUAUUGCCAGUCAGAUUAAGUAUAAGCAAUUAGCAGAAAUGGAAAAAGCCAAUUUCACUUCUGUGGUUGAUACUCCGGAGAUCAUUCAUGCCCAGCAAGUCAAGAACCUUUCAAGCCAGAAAAAGUACAAGGAAGAUGCAGAGAAAUGCAUGUCCUAUUAUGAGACUGUUUUGGACACCCCAGAGAUACAGAGAGUCCGGGAGAACCAAAAGAACUUCAGCCUUCUUCAAUACCAGUGUGACCUUAAAAACAGUAAAGGAAAAAUUACAGUUGUUCAAGACACGCCAGACAUACUACGUGUUAAAGAAAAUCAAAAGAAUUUCAGCUCGGUUUUAUAUAAAGAGGAUGUCUCGCCGGGAACGGCAAUCGGAAAGACCCCUGAGAUGCUGAGAGUGAAGCAAACACAGGACCACAUUAGCUCGGUGAAGUAUAAGGAAGCCAUUGGACAAGGAAUCCCAAUUCCUGACCUGCCUGAAGUAAAACGUGUCAAGGAGACACAGAAGCACAUUAGCUCGGUUAUGUACAAAGAAAACUUGGGAACAGGCAUUCCAACCCCUGUCACUCCAGAGAUUGAGAGAGUCAAACGCAAUCAAGAGAACUUUAGCUCGGUUUUGUACAAAGAAAAUUUGGGGAAAGGAACCCCAACACCUAUCACUCCAGAGAUGGAGAGAGUCAAACGCAAUCAAGAGAACUUUAGCUCGAUUUUGUACAAAGAGAACUUGAGCAAGGGGACCCCCAUUCCUGUCACUCCUGAGAUGGAGCGAGUCAAACGCAAUCAAGAAAACUUUAGCUCGGUGUUGUAUAAAGAAAACCUCGGGAAAGGGAUCCCAAUUCCCAUCACUCCAGAGAUGGAGAGAGUCAAACACAAUCAAGAGAACUUUAGUUCGGUGCUAUACAAGGAAAACCUGGGGACAGGAAUUCCAAUCUCCAUCACUCCUGAGAUGCAGAGAGUCAAACACAAUCAAGAAAACCUUAGCUCGGUGUUGUAUAAAGAAAAUAUGGGCAAGGGAACCCCUAUACCUGUCACUCCAGAGAUGGAGAGAGUCAAACACAAUCAAGAAAAUAUUAGCUCGGUUUUGUACAAAGAAAAUGUGGGGAAAGCCACCCCAACCCCUGUCACGCCAGAGAUGCAGAGAGUCAAACGCAAUCAAGAGAACAUUAGCUCGGUGUUAUACAAAGAAAACUUGGGGAAAGCGACCCCUACACCCUUUACUCCUGAGAUGGAAAGAGUCAAACGCAAUCAAGAAAACUUUAGCUCGGUAUUAUACAAAGAGAAUAUGAGAAAAGCAACUCCGACACCUGUUACUCCAGAGAUGGAGCGAGCUAAGCGCAACCAAGAAAACAUUAGUUCGGUUCUUUAUUCUGAUAGCUUCCGGAAACAAAUACAAGGCAAAGCUGCCUACGUCUUGGACACUCCAGAGAUGAGACGGGUGCGGGAGACCCAACGCCACAUCUCAACGGUGAAAUAUCAUGAAGACUUUGAGAAACACAAGGGUUGCUUCACACCAGUGGUGACGGACCCUAUCACCGAACGAGUAAAGAAGAACACACAGGACUUCAGUGACAUUAACUACCGAGGUAUUCAGAGAAAAGUAGUAGAGAUGGAACAAAAACGGAAUGACCAGGAUCAGGAGACCAUUACAGGUUUCCGUGUCUGGCGUACUAAUCCUGGCUCGGUGUUUGACUAUGAUCCAGCAGAAGACAACAUUCAGUCACGAAGCUUACACAUGAUUAAUGCGCAAGCACAGCGCCGGAGCCGGGAGCAUUCGCGCUCGGCCAGCGCGCUGAGCGUCAGCGGCGGGGAGGACAAGUCCGAGCACUCAGAAGCCGCCGACCAGCGCCUCUCCACCUACAGCGACGGCGGAGUCGUCUUCUCGGCAACCUCCUCAGCUUACAAACACGCAAAGACCACGGAGCUCCCACAGCAGCGAUCAUCUUCAGUUGCCACGCAGCAGACAACGGUGUCCUCUAUCCCAUCGCACCCGUCUACUGCCGGGAAAAUCUUCCGUGCCAUGUACGACUAUCUGGCUGCUGAUGCAGAUGAGGUGUCCUUCAGAGAUGGAGAUGCUAUUGUUAACGUCCAAGCGAUUGAUGAAGGUUGGAUGUACGGCACUGUGCAGAGGACAGGCAGGACCGGCAUGCUGCCGGCUAACUACGUGGAGGCUAUUUAAUAAGCAUGUCAGAGUAUCGCACCUGUUUGCAGGACCUGCACAUCCUGCAGUCAGUAUUUCAGUUCAGACUCUCCACUAUUACCUAAGUCCUCAAGCUGCCUAAUGGUUUUUCUGUGUCAGUAUGAUUAAUAGCUGUACCAUCCCUUAAUUUGUUUCUAUAUGAACCUCAGUAAUUCUCCAGUAAAACGUAUGUUAAUCAUAUUUACUACAUUAUUUUCUGGAUUUGGACAUAAAACUUAAGAGACAACAUUAAACCCAUAGGUUCAUUAUUUUUAAAAUUGUCAUUAUUAAAUUUUCCAUAGUGUUUUAAAGGAAGUUUAAUUAUGGAAUAGACAUUUUAAAAGUUUAUGCAGUGUUAUUGCUGUAUCAACCCAGAGUCUUUCUCCAUUACGAAAAUGUUGUUUAACAUUUUUUUAAAACAAGGAUUCUGAACAUGUUAAACACAUUAAAGAAAAAGGGCAGAAAUACUCACCUUUUCCUGGCUUACUGAAUGCUGAUGCUUUUAAUUGUUCCAGUUCUGAAGUUAUAAAGGUGAUAGUCAAUAUAAAUGGUGCAUAAGCUAGUAAUAAAGUCUAAUUCUGCAAUAAA